AUGCUCUCUACUGGUGUAAAACAAGCAUCUCUUAAAGCUGCAUGCUUUAGACUGGCAGCUAUUAGGCCGGAAGUGGGCGGCAUUAAGUCUGCUUCUGCCAAUUUUAUGGCUGUUGAAACUUCUCGCUGCCCAAUACAGAACCGUUCUUUCUUAAGCGCCAGGUUUCAGCCUGUGAGAACUUUUACAACAACAAGGUCAAAACUUGCAGAAGUCGCUUUCGAAAAGUUGACAGAGGACCAGAAAGAGACUCUCACCGAAGAGCGGGCCAUCGAUAAUGUGGACGUGUGUAUUGUGGGAGCAGGCCCAGCCGGAUUGGCAACAGCAAUUAAACUAAAGCAACUGGAUGAGGAUGGUGACUUGAGGGUAAUUGUUCUUGAAAAAGGACCAGAAGUGGGGGCACACAUUCUUUCAGGAGCAGUUCUUGAUCCAAAGGGAUUACGUGAGCUUUUCCCUCAGAGCGAAUAUUACGAUAAAGAUGGAAAGGGGAUUCCACUUCCGCCAGAAUUGGUGACACUUGUCACAAAAGAGCACAUGAAGCUUCUUUUCAAAAAUGGGAUGUCUGUCCCCCUACCUUCUCCUCCACAGAUGACCAACAAGGGCAAAAACUACAUCGCAUCGCUCUCAGAGGUGACAAAGUGGCUCGGAGAGCAGGCUGAAGAACUUGGUGUCGAGAUAUAUCCAAAUACAGCAGUUAGUGAUCUCAUCUACGAUAGUAAAGGAGCGGUCAAAGGUGUGGCCACUAAGGAUAUUGGCAUCGCGAAAGAUGCAACACCAACCGAGGAUUUUGAACGUGGAAUGGAGUUUCAUGCGAAAAUGACGGUUCUUGCAGAAGGAUGCCGAGGAUCACUCACCAAGCAGGCAGUGAAGAAAUACGGCCUAAGGGAGGGAAAGUCGCACCAGACUUACGGAAUAGGUGUGAAGGAAGUGUGGGAAGUGCAGCCUGAGAAGUUCAAAAAGGGCUUUAUCAUGCAUACGAUGGGCUAUCCGCUGAAUAAAGACACUUAUGGUGGUGGAUUCCAGUAUCAUUUUGGUGAUGGAUUGGUGACAGUCGGCUUGGUUGUCGGCCUUGACUAUAAGAAUCCAUGGAUUUCACCUUACAAGGAAUUCCAGAAGCUCAAGAUGCAUCCGCUAUACAAGAAAGUCCUCGAAGGCGGAAAGUGCAUUUCAUAUGGUGCAAGGGCUUUGAAUGAGGGUGGGUACCAGGCUGUUCCAACGCUACAUUUUCCAGGAGGAGUGCUUGUUGGAGCUUCUGCAGGAUUUAUGAAUGUUCCAAAGAUCAAAGGAUCGCAUCUUGCUAUUAAGAGUGGACUUCUAGCUGCGGAAUCGAUGUAUCCAGAGGUGUUGAAGGUGAAGAAAUGGAUUUCAUCAACGCUUGGGGAAAGCAAUGCCGAGAAAAAGGAUGAAGACGAAGAUGAGGAGGAAGAGGAAGAAUGUGUUACUCUUCCUGAAUGGAAGGCGAUUGACCUUUUACAGUAUCAGAAGGCAUACGAUAACUCAUGGGCCAGAAACGAAUUAUACAGUGUGCGUAAUGUUCGGCCAUCAUUCCAUAAUCCCCUUGGUAUGUGGGGUGGAAUGGCAUUUUCUGGGUUAUUCACUAUGAUAACUCGCGGUCAUGAGCCAUUUACUCUUAAAUUUGGAGCUUCUGAUGCCGAUAUCACGAAAGCUGCAAGCUCCUUCAAGAAAAUCGAGUACCCAAAGCCUGAUGGGAAGAUCACAUUUGACAUUCUUACUUCUGUCAGCAGGACAGGUACGUACCACAAGGAAAAUGAGCGUUGCCAUCUCCGAGUCCCAAACCAGGACAUGCGGAAACAUGCAGAGAUCGCGUAUCCGAAAUUCCAAGGUGUUGAACAAAGAUUCUGUCCUGCCGGCGUCUAUGAAUACGUUCCAGAUGAAAAAUCCAAGCUAGGCGUCAGAUUCCAAAUCAACUCCCAGAAUUGCAUCCAUUGCAAGACUUGUGACAUCAAAUGCCCUACUAAGGAUAUUAACUGGACUGUUCCUGAGGGUGGAGACGGUCCAAAAUACCAAAUGACCUGA